CCGUUCUUUGAUGGGUGCAAAGGUCUUAAAUUGUCAUCACAAACAUAUGUACAGUGACAGGAAUGGCAUCCUUCUGGCAAAAUGUGACGAGAUACUACCAGGAUAGUCUGAACAGGGGAGACCCCCGUGUGUCCGGCUGGCUGUUGAUGGACUCCCCUGUCCCCAGUGUCGUCUUCUUCCUACUGUACCUGCUGGUGGUAUGGCUGGGUCCGCGCAUCAUGGCCAGCCGGGAACCUGUCAGUCUGAAGGUACUCCUCAUCCCCUACAACUUCGGUCUUGUGGCUCUCUCAUGCUACAUGUUUUAUGAGUUUGUGGUCACAUCUGUUUUGUCUGAGUACAGUUAUCUCUGUCAGCCAGUUGAUUACUCCUACAGUCCUUUAGCACUGCGGAUGGCUCGAGUCUGCUGGUGGUUCUUUUUCUCCAAAAUUAUCGAACUUCUAGACACGGUAUUCUUCAUCUUACGAAAGAAGAAUGAUCAGGUGACCUUUCUCCACGUCUACCAUCACUGUUCCAUGAUCGCCAACUGGUGGCUGGGGGUCAAGUACAUCGCCGGCGGACAGUCCUUCUUUGUAGCGAUGCUCAACUCGGGCGUACAUAUCGUCAUGUACCUGUACUACGCGCUGUCUUGCCUGGGCCCACACAUGCAGAAGUACCUAUGGUGGAAGAAAUACCUCACUCGCCUUCAGCUGACCCAGUUCUUUGCCUUUCUGGUACACACUGGCUACAACUUGACAACAGACUGCGACUUCCCCCGUGGCUUCAACAUCGCUGUCUUUCUGUACGCCCUCUCCCUCAUUCUCCUGUUCGGCAACUUCUACUACCGUGCAUACACACUGCGACAACGAGAGGCCAAGAAGAAGCUAUGAUGACUGUUUAUCUUAGGGUUUUAACAUUUCAUGUAUGACAUGACAAUUUUCAUUCUCAGGGAUCUGUGUACUAUUUGUUUUAAGAGACAUUCCGUGGUAUGUUU